GGGACGCACAGGCUUGAGCGCAGCGAGGUGGCGGUUUGGGUCUGGCCCUCGGGAAUCGUACCAUGUCGCGGCCGAAGAAUCAAAAUUACAAGGGCCAUGGAUUGCCAAAGGGAAAAGAGCGGGAGCAGAGAGCAUCGAUCCGAUUCAAGACCACUCUCAUGAAUACUCUCAUGGAUGUCCUUCGCCACAGGCCAGGAUGGGUGGAAGUAAAGGAUGAAGGGGAGUGGGAUUUCUACUGGUGUGACGUCAGCUGGCUCCGGGAGAACUUUGAUCACACCUACAUGGACGAGCACGUGCGGAUCAGUCACUUCCGGAACCACUACGAGCUGACCCGCAAGAACUACAUGGUGAAGAAUCUGAAGCGGUUCCGGAAACAGCUGGAGCGCGAGGCUGGGAAGCUGGAGGCAGCCAAGUGCGACUUCUUCCCCAAAACCUUUGAGAUGCCAUGCGAGUACCACCUGUUCGUGGAGGAGUUCCGCAAAAACCCGGGAAUCACCUGGAUCAUGAAGCCUGUAGCCGGCUCGCAGGGGAAGGGCAUCUUCCUCUUCCGGAGGCUGAAGGACAUCAUGGACUGGAGCAAGGGUACUGCGGGAAAGAAGCUCGCCAGCUUAGAGGCCCCGCCAGCCCGGAGCGCGGUCAAUCCUUCCGGCAGCCAUGAUGCGAGAAGUUCUGAUGACCAGAAGGAUGAGAUCCCUGUGGAGAACUACGUAGCUCAGCGCUAUAUCGAAAAUCCCUACCUGAUAGGAGGCCGCAAGUUUGACCUGCGCGUCUAUGUGCUGGUGAUGUCGUACAUCCCGCUUCGGGCCUGGCUCUACCGGGAUGGCUUUGCCCGAUUCUCCAACACCCGCUUCACCCUGAGCAGCAUUGACGACCAGUACGUUCACCUCACCAAUGUUGCUGUGCAGAAGACAUCUCCUGACUACCACCCAAAGAAGGGCUGCAAGUGGAUGCUGCAGCGCUUCCGUCAGUACCUCGCGUCCAAGCACGGGCCCGAGGCGGUGGAGACGCUGUUCGGCGACAUGGACAACAUCUUCGUCCGGAGCCUGCAGAGCGUGCAGAAGGCGAUCAUCAGCGACAAGCACUGCUUUGAGCUGUACGGCUAUGACAUCCUCAUCGACCAGAACCUCAAGCCGUGGCUCCUGGAGGUCAACGCGUCUCCGUCGCUGACAGCCAGCAGCCAGGAGGACUAUGAGCUCAAGACCCGCCUCUUGGAAGACACCCUGCAUGUCGUGGACAUGGAGGCCAGGUGGGGGGCAGCCUCGCUCAGGCACCGCUGUACAUGGCAGCUGGCGCUCCCCACAAGGAAGACAGAACCCACAGCACUGGGACUUGAGCGGCACGUAGGGGUGGCUGAGGCCUGCUUGCCGUGUUAUAGAUGGACAAACAGAUGUCCGCACAGGGUUAGAUCCUGGUCCAAGGGCUCAGCACUUUCGGGGCAGAGAAGGACCAACUGCAGCCUCCUGAGAUUCAGCCCAGCAGGAUUUCCUCCAUACGUCCUGACCAUGAGGCACUGGACUUCACCUGUCUGAGCCUCAGUUUCCUCAUGUGUAAAAUGGGAAACAUCAUGUUUACCUCUUAAGAUUGUAA